GUGCGCGCGCAGAAACAAAUCCCAGUUAUUCGAGGCUCCGCAGGGAUUAAAGCGAGCAUGCCCAGUUCAAUACAGUGAACGCCAGCAAACCUACAAAGAGGAAACGGGCUGACAAAGGAGUCGGAGCCGAGGCAGUCGGGGUCGGUACGGGGCUUUUACGGCGGACUGUGGGGAGGACAACUGGCGGGCCCCUUUUGUUCCGAACCGGUGUUUAAAAUUAAGCGCUUAACGCUAAAAGUUUGAAGAAACCCAAAGACGCGGUUUAACCUGCUGUUUAAUAACUAACUAAGGUCAAACUCGACUGGUUGUUUAAACACGGGGCCCUUUACGUAGCGGGCUGGCUGCUUUUUAGGUUUUCAUCUUGUAAAGUGUAAAUCUAUUAAUCUGGUAAACCGUGCCCUUUCUUUAACUGGGUGUUCUGCAAGACGGCUGAUCUUUUCUGCUAUAAAAUUAAAUGCUUCUUACGACCAUGGAUCUGUUGAACUACCAGUACAUGGACAAAAUGAACAACAACAUUGGCUUACUUUGCUAUGAAGGUGAAGAUCUGAGGGGAGAACUCAGAAUGCAAUCCAUGUCUGCCUUCAUCAGCAGCCACCGUACUGGACCCCCUCCCAUCAGUCCUGGCAAGAGGAAGUACAGUGGAGACCAGCUAAACGACAACGCUGAGAGCGAGCAUGUUUCCAAGAUGAGCCGUCUGUUUGCAGCUCAGAUAGAUAAGACUAUCAGUGGACAGUACCGGCAAGACCGCCGCGAUCAGAGUGGGAGCCCCGGUGAACGCGGAUCCAUCCCCACUGUGCGCCUUCAUGGCAGUCUUAUCUACUCUCCAAUGCCCAUCCUGGCCAUGGAGCAGCCGUUGGCACUCACCAAAAACAGCGUGGAUGCCACCAGCACCCUUUCCGUGUCUCCAGCUGCCAGCCCUGUGGAACGCCAGCAGAACCGCCCCUCUGUGAUCACCUGUGCAUCUGCCAACAAUCGCAACUGCAACCUGUCUCACUGCCCUUUGUCCCACCGCGGCUGCGUCUCCAGCUACAGGAAGCCUGCUGGCUUGGACACACCCUGUGACCCCGUGAUUGAAGAACACUUCCGCCGCAGCCUGGGGAGGAACUACAAGGAGCCCGAGCUGGUGAACUCGGUGUCCAUCACAGGCUCUGUGGACGACCACUUUGCCAAAGCGCUUGGUGAGGCCUGGCUGCAGAUCAAGGCUAAGGGCAGCGUCUCUGGCCCUGCUGAGACACCUGGCCAUGGGUUCGAUAAUGCCCGAAACCACUCCCCUUCUAUGGUUUCCUGAGUAAGGUCUUACAACCCCCACCUCUGUCUAAAACCCUGCGUGGUUUUCCUGAUCUUAGAACAAUGCAAGUGUGUGUUCUUCUACACACUGGGUAGAAAAAUGGCCAUUUUCCCCCCUAUAACUGUUAAAUAUUACUAUGAAUCAUACUUGUUUGGCGUUUGUGGUUUGAGAUGGCCUGGACUGUUUGUUUUUUUUUCUUCAUUUAAAGGUCAGAUUGGCUCUCUACCCAUUUGCCAACAUUACCAAAGAAAAAUGUCAUCCUGGGGUACGCAUGGUCAUGUUCUUUUUGCCUUCUGGUCUGCUGUCCAUUGUGCUUUACAUUGUUCCCCAUGGUUUUUAACUUGAAAAUGGCCAGAUGAGAUUUGCACUAAAAUUUUGUGGGUUCAAAAGGUGCAGGUCAGCUUUGUAAUUUGUGUGUGUGUGUGUGUGUGUGUGUGUGUGUGUGUGUGUGUGUGUGUGUGUGUGUGUGUGUGUGUGUGGGUACACACAUUCUGGCGUUUUUUCCACUGCGUGUCUCUUCCUUAAAGCUACAAUGAGCGAAUGGCCAAUAACAUGAAGGGGGUGUCAUGUCUUCUCCGUGCUGAGAUGGCUGAACUCUCCGCUGAACUUUUUUUUUUAUAUAUAACUUAAUUUUUUUUUUUUUUUUGUAAAGGGCAUUUAAUUUUUUUUCUACUUUUAUGUUGCGUUAGCACUUCAAGGUUCAAGAUGAGGUUUUAAACCAUAAAAUUGUGCUUUACAAAUGCAUGUUUAAAUAGCUGGUGUCUAUUAAUGUCAAGAUUUUCAGUUCUUAAACUGUUAACGUCCUAUUUUGGAUGUUUUGUUCUUUUGUACGUAACUCCUAGAUAUUCUCACUGCUGGUACAGUUGCACAGAAAAAAUGUGUAUAUAUUUUAACUCAAUAUUCAUUAAGGUGACAUGCAGCAUCAAACACUUUCCUUGGACAGGCCUUUUUAUUACUGUUUUACAUAUCAGUAAUCUGUGGUACAGGACAAUCAAGGGUUAUAUCUCAUUGAAUACACACACUUCAGUUAUGAGUGAUCAGAACAUCGCAAUUUAGAUUACACACCUUUCAUAGUGUGCUUUAGAAAAUACUGUAUAUUUUACAUUAACAGAUUCAAUCAUAUUGCGGUCAGACGUAUGUUUUGUUUUGGCCUUUAACAUAGAAUGAAUAUAUUGUAGAUUUUACCCACAUUAACUUUUACAGACGUGUUACUCUCGCUUGAUUUUAUUUGUUUUUAUAUGCACCCAAUAUGCAUUUUUUCCCCUGUAUCUGUCAUAAUAUAAAAUUCUUUGGUGGAAUUUAUAUAUUGGUCACAAUGUUAUGGUAAAGACUUUUUAAAACUGAUGAGUGUCUUUUCCCAUUAAUUACACUUUUUGACUGUUACUUGUGCAAAUGCAUUGUGCCCAGAUUUCACACAUUCCUGCAAAAGGGGGCCUAAUUUGUGUUAUAUUUUUCUGAAGUAUGAAUCUGUGCUUUUUGGAGACCAAGCUGACUAAAAUGCUGUCACCGCAGUGCAGGGGACCUAUCCUCUUGGUAGCGGCCACCACUCACACAUUCCAUCUGUCCAUUUUAGCUAAGACGUGGUGGUCAGGGGUCACUAAUGGUCAUUCAGAAGGAGUUCUGCAAUGGUGGUCUCAGUAAUACAUCUCCUAAAGUGCCGUAGCUUUUUGUAAGCUAAGGCUGAUUGGUGAGUUAUGGGAUCUGACUUGCUUCGAGGGGAAGGACCCUUCAUGUGGAGGCCAUCGCAUGUUCGCUUAGCUAGUAAUGGGUAGGGAGCACUUGAUUGACAUUGAAACACACAGGUGCCUGCAUAAUGUAGGAACACCAUUCACUAUACAGUUUUUUUUUUUUUUCUUUUCUAUAUAGGCAACUACAAGACAGACAUUACGCUGUGCGUAACGAAUGUACAGAGAAUAGUAAAAGGUAUUUUUUCGAAGAACAAUUGAUUUAAAGAUAUGUAGCUAUUUAAGUCAUUUCUGUCCUUUUAUUGUAAUCGUUAUAUGUAAAGAAAUAUAUAUAUUUUGUUUUGUAGUAUUAAGGCAAACAUGCAGGAAUGCAGUUAUUCCAUGGAAACACUGGCGUAGUAUAACAGCCGCCCUCUUAACAGGACAGUGACAUGCGUUGCUGAGGUUUCCUGAUGGUGUGCGUGUGCCUUUUGAGUGAAACCAAGCACAAGUGUUCAUUUGAACCAACCUGUCUGAGAUGGGUGACUUCAAACAGAUGCUGGUUUAGAUGCUAAAAUAUUAACUUGUUUUUAAAGGUCACUAAGAGUCUAGCUUAACAAUAUAUUUCUCCAUGUGUAAAACAUUCUGUAAACAUGUAUUGUGCCUCUUUUUUGUUUUCAUUUCUCUGAAUGAUGGGUUUUGGUGAGGCCAUCUUUUUGUACUUAGAAGUAGCCUAAAUGAAUAAAGUGGUAUUAAAUUACA